CUUGUGCUUGCCGCCGUAGACCCACAACAAGUCCUUCUUCGGAGUUUGGUGGUUCUUUGCUUAUUUGUUGCCAAGUUGACAUGCAAGGACAUGAGAUUGGGAGCGAAAGUGAGGGAAGUCUACUUCAUUACAAACGCAGAGUACUGGAACAAAAGUCUAUGGGAUUGUGGUAGAUCUACAACUCUUCAAAAUAUUGUGGCCGCAUGAAUCGUGGAACUUCUUAUUUCUACGUCAGAGAUAAAUUGUACCUCAGAAACUGCGUCUCACGAAAACAGGCCACCUUCCUGUGCAGAUGAUUAGGCUCGUGUUGUAGCUCACACUACAAAGAAUUGCUAGCAGUCGCAUUGGCAGUGGAGCAGAAAACACAACGGCCCAAGGCAGGUGUUGUGGACAACUUGUGGUUAGGCCCGGAGAAACAAAGUCUGGAGAGGAGAAUACCCGUGGAAUUGGCCCAGCAUCCAAUAAUAUACCAUGAGUGCCAUUUCGAACAUCACCGAGAUGGUGGACCUGACGAUCACCGUCAAGACAUCCAUCAGCACGGCAAUUGGGAUAUCGUUUGCGUUCUGCACCGUCUACCUGAGCGUGUGUAUCUUCUGCAUAGUGGCGCGCGUCAAGCAAGGCGAUCCGAUGGCGCGCAUGUCCAAUCCAGACGGCAGGCUCGAUGUCAGCCAGCAUCGGGUGAGCGAGCUGACGCGCGUGCAGAGCUUCAUCGAAGGCCAGGGCAGCGGACUGGUCCAUACUGACAUCUCGCUGGGACCGUCUACCCACUCUGGCGGUUUCAUCAGCCCCAAUUGCCAUGAAGGCGGGGAGCGGUCCAUGCGCACCAAUCCGGCAAUGAGAAGUUCAUCAUCGCAUUCGGGAAAUGCGGCGGUGGGUGGCCGACCAGGCGAGCACAUGUCCGGCGGCUUCUAGAAGCAAUGCACUGUUUACCUGCCGGAGUGUGAUGGACAUUGUUUUCUCCACUUUUGCUAUUGCUUAUUAUUAUUUUUAUUUAUAUAAAUACGACAAACGUAAUCAAGGCUAUGAAAUUAUUAUCCCCACGUCAAUUAUCAUUGUUUUUAUUCUGUUUUUUUGUAGACCCAUUUUACUGCUUUUCUGGGCAUGUUACUCCUUUUUGCCUGUAUGAUCCAUAUUCAAAUUUCCCUAGGCCUCUACUAAUUAUCAAUCUUCAUCUACUUUCCUGCAGCGCUUCUGAUCGUUGCUAUCUAUGCUUGGGUCUGUUCAGGCCUAAAAAGCUAUCACUUCUUUCCUACCUCUCCUUCUCACAUGGAACAGCUGGCUGUCGGCUGGCCCUUGCAUUCUUGAUCUUCUGCUGCGGUGUCAAGCCGUUUAGUUUAAGUUUGAUAAUAGGAUGCCCCGAAGGCAUGCUGCUUGUCGAGCCAUCAAUGUAUUCGCCGACUCGACAUGUCUAAGGGGUCGUCCAAGGUUACCAAUAAUAUUUUCAAAACGAAAUGUUUUCGUUUGUGGGUGGGUGGGUUUGAUGGAGUUUCGUUUUGAAAAUAAUUAUUGAAUGCUGAUGGAGAAUGCCCAGUUACUUCUGGGUG